AUGUAUCAACCAAUUUUUGAACCUUAACAGAAGAAAUCUUGUAUUCAAAUUUAUAUUUCUUGGACCUCCUACAUAAAUUUACUCAUUAGUAUCGCUGCUUUAGCCUUUGGAGCUUAUGAAGGAAUUAGAAAAAAAGAUUUAUGGUCUAAAUCUAGCUUUGAUUGGAAUAAGGCUCUUGUUUUCCUUUUAGUAGUUGGUUCUAUUUUACUCUUCUUCACUUCUAUUGCUGGUAUUAUUGGAGGCAGAAAGAAAAAUAAAUGUUGCAUUUUCUUUUUCUAAAUUUUUAGCAUCGCUCUUUCUUUCUCAUUCCUUAUCGUAGCUUUUGUGUUUUUAGGUAUGACUGAUUCUCAUGUUUUUGAUAUUAAAGACACUAACUGUUAAUCUAAGAACGACAUCUUCAAAUACAGUUAAGAAGCUUAUGAUUAGGCUAAUGAACUAUUCUGUAGCGAAUAGUGUCCUUGUAAGGUAACUGAUGAAGAUGUAAAGGAAUAUUUGGAAGAUACUGAUUACAUUAUUGAUAAUGUUAAUGGAAAAACUAAAGUUUAAGAUUGUGAUGAUUUCAAAAAAUAUUUCUCAGAUUCAGAUGUUAAUGAUUCAGUCGACUGGGUUGAAUCUUUGGAAGAUACAUUCGAUUGUACAGGUAUGUGCACUAAGCCAUUAAAUAUUUACUUCUUUAGUAAUAUUAACCGUGGUAUCCCUGAUACAGAAACUUGCAGAGUAAAAUUUUAGAACUUUGUUUCUAGCUAUGGUAAAGUUGCUUAUGUAGUAGGUUUUGUUGUUGGAUCUUACCUCUUAGUAAAUGCUAUUCUUGCCUUUUGUCUAUGUUGUAGGGAUAAGAGAUAAGGAGUUAGUAUUUAUGAACGCUUUGCAUUCUAUUGA